AUGUCUACGACCCUUUUUUGGAAUUGCAGGGGGGCCCGUAAGAGGUGCACGGGCAACUACCUGCGUCACCUGGUGGGUGACAAUGAGGUGCACUUUGUUGGUCUUGUGGAGACCAAGGUGGAAACUCUUGACCGUGCGGAGGUCGAUAAGAUGAUUGGCACCAACUGGGACUUCUUUCACUACCCCGCGAUUGGCAAAUCCGGGGGUAUCCUUGUGCUGUGGCGGAAGGAUUUGAUCAAGUUUGAGUUGCGGUUUGCGGAUGACCAGGUUGUCAUUGGCUCUAUUACUCCUCCCGACGGACUGAGCUGGGCGGUUGCGGUUGUCUAUGGCAACAAAGACUACCUCCGCCGGCGUAGCAUUUGGCAGAACAUUGGGACCUUCUGUGUUGCGGCGGAACCUGUUCUUGUGGGCGGUGAUUUCAAUUGUUGCCUCGCCCAAUCGAAGAAGAAGGGGGGGAAGCGGGUUACCCCAACUGCCGGCGUGGUUGAGAUGGCUGAAUUUAUGAAUUGCAACGAUCUCCAUGACCUUGGAUUCGUUGGUCCCCAAUUUACCUGGUGUAAUAACAAAGAUGGCAACAGCCAGAUUUGGGUGCGGCUGGACCGUAUCCUUAUGAAUUCUGAGGGCCUUAGCAAGGCCCCGCUGGCGAUGGUGCGUCACAUGGGACGGAUUGCCUCGGACCAUGCCCCAUUGCUGUUCUCUUUGGGGGCCAAGGUGGCCACGGCUCCGGAGAGGUGGGUCCGGUUUGAGGAUGUCUGGACUACUUACCCGGCGUCUUGGCGUAUAGUUUGGCUGAAUUGGAGGAAGACCGAUACGGGCUCCCCUGCGGACAUCCUCAAUCGUAAAUGUCAUCGCACUUUGCGCGCUUUGUAUCAUUGGAGCCGCCAACGCGCUCUAAAUUUGAACAGGAGGAAGACGGAGCUGGAGCGGCGGAUAAUUGAGCUGCAGAACCUAGAUUGCACGCCUGGCGGGCUUGGCCAAGACCUUGAGGAGGAGCUGCGGCGAUGUGUUGGGGAUUUGAAUGAUACCUUGGCUAGAUUAACCAUUUGGUGGAGGCAACGUGCCAAGGUACGGUGGAUUGAACAGGGGGAUGCUAACUCCCAUUUUUUUCACUUGGCCGCCUCGGGACGGAGGCGGGACAACAGAGUGGUGCUCACCUUGCCGAACUGUGACCAGCCGGUCACCGAUCAACGGACUAUCUGGACACUUUUUCGGCAUUCUUUCGGGAUAAAUGGAAGGAUCGACAGGCCAGCCUCACGGGGUGGCCUGAAUUCGGCGAUGCGAGGAAGAUCCCAGCUCACUUAA